AUGCCUCCGCGAACUUGCGCUCUCUGCGACAACGCCCGCGCCAUCCUAAAGCGGCCGAAGACUGGACAGCAAAUUUGCAAGGAGUGCUUCUUCUAUGUCUUUGAGACGGAGGUGCACAACACCAUUACUGAGGCUCGUCUCUUCAACCGCGGAGAUCGGGUAGCAAUUGGCGCAUCUGGCGGAAAGGACUCUACUGUACUUGCCCAUGUAAUGAAGACUCUGAAUGAACGCUAUGACUACGGCCUUGAACUCUUCCUCUUGUCUAUAGACGAAGGGAUCACUGGUUAUCGAGAUGACUCCCUGGAGACUGUGAAGCGUAACCAACAGCAGUAUAAUAUGCCACUGAAAAUCCUAUCAUACGACGAGCUUUAUGGCUGGACCAUGGAUGCUAUCGUAGCUCAGAUCGGCAAGAAAAACAACUGCACUUUCUGCGGUGUUUUCAGAAGACAGGCACUUGACCGAGGAGCUGCUAUUCUUCAUGUCGAUCACAUUGUCACUGGCCAUAACGCGGACGACAUUGCGGAGACCGUUCUCAUGAACAUCAUGCGCGGCGACAUCGCUCGUCUGGGUCGUUGUACUUCAAUAUGUACUCAAGGAGAAGACACGAUCAAGCGCUCCAAGCCAUUCAAGUACGCUUAUGAGAAAGAAAUUGUCAUGUAUGCGUAUUUCAAGAAGCUGGACUAUUUCUCUACCGAAUGCAUAUACUCUCCCGAUGCCUACAGAGGCCACGCUCGAGCAUUUCUCAAGGACCUUGAGGCCGCACGUCCGAGUGCCAUCAUUGAUAUAAUACAUUCCGGAGAGGCAUUCGAGAUAAAAGAGGACGUUAAAGCUGCUCAGAAAACUCAGCAAACCUGCCGACGAUGCGGUUACAUGUCAAGUAAUGAACUAUGCAAGGCUUGUACUCUGUUAGAAGGCCUGGAGCGCGGGAUGGUGAAUGCAGCAGUGACCGAUAGAGCGAGGAAGAAGCUCGAUGCCAAUGGGCCUCAACCAGAAAAUCUGCGCACCAUUCCCUUGUUCCAACUGCCUCCAGGUAGAGUACAAGAGUCAUCGUCCGUGGAAUUGAGUGUGGCGUAG